AUGAGGGAAAACCAGAGCAGCGUGUCCAAAUUCCUCCUCCUGGGGCUCCCCAUCCAGCCAGAGCAGCAGGGCGUGUUCUUUGCCCUGUUCCUGGGCAUCUACUUGAUCACUGUGCUGGGCAACCUGCUCAUCCUCCUGCUCAUCAGACUGGACACUCGCCUCCACACCCCCAUGUACUUCUUCCUCAGCCACUUGGCCUUCUCUGAUGUGUUUUUCUCAUCUGUCACUGUCCCUAAGAUGCUUGUGAACAUGCAGACUCAAGAUCGAUCCAUCCCUUAUGCGGGGUGCAUAGCACAGAUGUAUUUUUUUCUACUUUUUGUUUGUCUUGACAAUUUCCUUCUUGCAGUGAUGGCUUACGACAGGUACGUGGCCAUUUGUCAGCCACUCCACUAUGCCGCCGUCAUGAGGGAGGGGUUGUGUGUCCUACUGGCAGCUGGAUCCUGGUUCGUCUCUUGUGUCCACGCCCUGUUGCAUACUGUGCUUCUGUCCCGACUGUCUUUCUGUGCAGACAAUACCAUCCCCCAUUUCUUCUGUGAUCUCGCUGCCCUCUUAAAGUUGACCUGCUCAGACACCUCCCUCAAUGAGUUAGUUAUCUUCACUGAGGGGGGCGUGUUUGCCUUCUUGCCAUUGAGUGCUAUUUUGGGCUCUUAUAUCCGCAUUGGGGCCACCAUCCUGAGGGUCCCGUCCAUCAAGCGAAUCUGCAAAACCUUGUCCACGUGUGGCUCCCACCUCUUUGUGGUAUUUUUGUACUAUGGGACUCUUGCAAUGAUUUACUUCUUUUCUUCAGCAAACAAUUCCAAAGUCAAAGACAUAGUUGCUUCAGUUAUGUAUACUGUGGUGACGCCCAUGUUAAACCCCUUUAUCUACAGCCUGAGGAACAGAGACAUGAAAUUGGCCCUGGGGAUUCUUUACAGGAAAGGGAUUAUUUUUGCCAAGUAA